UCUAAAGAACUUGGUUUAUUUUCGUUUUAAUGAAGAACAUUAGUUACUACCCUUUAAAUAACAACCAAGAAAAAAGGGAGAACUAAGGAAAAAGAACAAACAUAUUCAAAUAGGUUAUUUGGAAAUUCUUUGAAGCUCGCGAAUAUUUAAUAAGCCUUGAUGGCUUUUUAAAUCUAAGUGUCUAUACUGUUGCAAUGUAAAUAUGAUUAGCAUUUUAAAAAAUAUGUAGAAGUAAAUAAUCAUUUGCAUAAUUCUUUUGAUGAUUCUAUUAUUAUUAUUAUUCGUGUUAAAAAUAAUCGAUAAGUACGAUUCGUAUACGUUUGAUUCCUUUACAAGAUUCGACUCAAAUUAAUCAGACGUACAGUAAACUGAAAGCGAUCAAGUUAAUAAGUAAAAGUAAAAUAAAUAAAUAAAUUAUGGCAAAAAUUCAACCAGGCAUCUUUUAAGGCACCUAUAACGACUGACAGGGGUCUUGCCUGCUGACAGUAUGGCUGCCUUCAGCAGAGGCAGGCAGAGGAUAAAAGUUCUCUGCCGCUUUAGGACUUUAAUAUUUACAAGAAACUUUACAGCAUGUACAUUUGAUUAUGAUCUGGUGGUGAUUGGUGGAGGCUCUGGAGGUUUGGCAUGUUCAAAAGAAGCUGCCCAAUUAGGGCAGAGAGUUGCCGUCUUGGACUACGUCGAACCUUCACUGAAAGGCACAAAGUGGGGUCUUGGUGGCACGUGUGUGAAUGUCGGCUGUAUUCCAAAGAAGCUUAUGCAUCAGGCGGCACUGCUUGGCACUGCUGUCAAAGAUGCUAGGAAGUAUGGCUGGCAAAUCCCAGAAUCCCUGUCACAUGACUGGUCUACAAUGGCUGAGGCUGUCCAGAACCAUGUGAAGUCUCUAAACUGGGGUCACAGAGUUCAACUACAAGACAAGAAGGUGAAAUAUUUGAAUAUGAAGGGCAGUCUGGUGGAUAAACACACUAUCAGAGCUGUAAAUGCCAAAGGGAAAGAGAUGACAGUGACCGCUAAAAACAUUGUGUUAGCUACUGGUGGACGGCCGAAGUACCCUACACAUGUCCCAGGAGCCAUGGAGUUCGGUAUCACAAGUGAUGAUGUCUUCUGGCUCAAAGAGUCUCCCAAAAAAACGUUGGUUGUUGGUGCCAGUUAUGUAGCAUUGGAAUGUGCCGGCUUUCUUACAGGCAUUGGACUGGACACCACAGUGAUGGUGCGCAGUAUCGCCCUCCGGGGGUUUGAUCAGCAAAUGUCUGGUUUAGUGACAGACUACAUGGAGGCCUAUGGCACCAAGUUCUCCUGGAAGUGUACACCAAAAAGCAUAGAAAAGCUCUCAUCUGGGCUUCUGCGGGUGACAUGGAUGGAUCUAAACACUAAAGAGGAACAUCAAGACACCUUCAACUCAGUGCUUUGGGCUGUAGGGAGAGCUUCUGAAACCAAGACCCUAAAUUUGGAGAAGGUUGGCGUGGAGAUCAACAAAGAAACGGGGAAGAUAAUCGUAGCCGCUGACGAAGCCACAUCCAUGCCGAACAUUUUCGCUAUCGGAGACAUCGCUGAGGGUCGUCCUGAGUUGACCCCGACAGCCAUUAAGGCUGGAAAGCUCCUGGCCCGCAGACUGGUGGGCCAUUCCACUGAGCUCAUGAACUAUGACAAUGUGGCCACUACAGUGUUCACUCCACUAGAAUAUGGCUGUGUAGGUCUGUCUGAAGAAGAGGCUGAAAGACGACAUGGAAAAGACCAGAUUGAGGUGUACCAUGCCUUCUACAAACCGCUGGAGUUCACCGUGGCUGAGAGAGAUGCAUCGCAGUGCUAUAUCAAGGUGGUUUGUCUACGGGAGGGGGAUCAGCGCGUGCUGGGUAUGCAUUUUACCGGACCGAACGCUGGUGAGGUCACCCAGGGCUUUUCUGUGGGCUUCCAGUGUGGGCUUACCUAUGAACACCUCAGGAACACGGUCGGGAUUCACCCCACCUGCGCCGAGGAGCUCAUCAAGCUCAACAUCACUAAACGCUCCGGUCUUGAUGCCACAGUAACAGGCUGCUGAGGUUAAGCAUCCCCUCCCUGAUCACACGAGCACACGGGAACCAUUAAAUAGAUUGUGAUAAUGUGGGUUAACAGCUGCAGGACUUUUAAACCACCAAACCAGAUCGAUUUCAGUUUAGUAAAUGAUAUUUAAAAUAAUAAUUCUGGAGGUCGGUACUAACAAGUAUGUUCCUCCUUUGCCACCGUGAUGUAUUGUUUUUAAACCAAGUCCAGGAGAGUUCAGCUAGCUUUUUACCACAGGUCAAGAUAAUCCAAUAAAGUCCUCAUGAUUGCUCUCCAGAAUAAGAACGGAGAUCUAGGUUAGAGCAACACGAACCGCAAGCGCCUCUGCGAACAGAUAAACACGGCCAUAAAUCAGGAUUAAGGCCCCAUUACCGUUGGCUGAAAUGAGAAACGUUGGAGAAAGCGGCCUAAUGUUUCUGAAAUAUAUUCUGCAAAUAUUGUUGUUUCUCUGGCUGUACUUCCUGUCCAUUAGUCAUGCGCCGCUCCUGACACUGAUGGAUGGGAUAGGCCCGUCACUAUGCUGACACCACCCCAUUUCCCAGGGAAGUAGACAAACACUCGGUGAGCGGCGCGUCACUCAAACGCAGAACCCGGUCGUGGACAGAGUGAGCGCUUGUUUAGUCCUGGACUUCAGGAGGUUCCCCAGUGCACAGCAGGAGCAGAGAGUACACCGUACAAUAACAUACUCUCCUGCCCCUGAAGUCUCUGGGUAAAACCUGCAAGUCCAAAGGAGGCAUCAGUACGGCUGGCUACCUGAAGGUGGCAGUGUUAGCUUCCUUUUCCCCUGUUCUUCACUCACACGUGAGGAUAAAAAUCUCUGAGCUGUAUAGUCAUUACGAAUUCAAGUCACAGUUAAUCACUGGUGGAACGUUAAGAUUAAUUGAACACUUACUGGGCAUUUGUCGCUCCAUAGGUUUAGCUUAUCUGUUGUUUGUGUACUUGGCUAAUAGCUUUGCUGCCGCCCGCUUUGAGGGAAGUUAAACUGCAACUAUUCCCAAAAGUUCAAUUCAUUUUGUGACAGGAAAUCUGUGACAUCUGUGUACUUUCAAACCAGAUAACGUACGAAAAGCAUAUGUGCAUUUUGAAAUGCAUUGAUAUGUAAUGUCAGUAGAUGCAAGUGCAAUUUAAUGAAACAUUUUUCAGAGCCCUUAAAGGGCUAGUUCAACUAAUAAUGAUUAUUUUAUUAUUUAUUCAUUCUUAUAUCAGUCUAAUCCUGUAUAUCUUUCUUUAUUCAUCAGAAAACUGAUGAAGGCAUUUUGAACUGUAUUGGUUGCUCUUUUGUCCAUUUAAUUAAAAUCGAGACUGCUUAAAAAGCAUGCCGAAACAUCAUAAAAGUGAUCCACAUGACUUGUGCUCUGUAUUCCUUGCAUUAUGAAGUCAUAUGAUUGGUUUGUGUUAGGAACAGAAUUAAAUUUAGUUGUUUUUGACUGCAAAUAUUCCAUUUUAGCUCUCUUUGUUGCAUUCAUGAGAAAAGUAUAGUUGCGGUGCCCAUUUCUUAAACGAAUCGAGUCUUAUUGAGGUGUUUUUUUUUUUUUCGUAAUCAUAUUUUUUCAUCACAUAAUUAAGUUCAUAAUCAAUAACCAAUAAGUGAAUAACAGCUUAAGUUCUCUGUUCCACACACAAAGCUAUCAUAUGAAUCAAGUCAAAAGACUUGGAAUAAAGCGCAUGAGUCGUAUGAGCUACAUUUAUGAUUCUGUAAUGGUUAUUUUAUGUGCUAUUUUACAGCUUGAAUGUUUCAGUCCAGUUCACUGUAGCAUGGAAAAGAGCAACCAGAAUAAUUGUUUCAUGCAUGCCUUUACACAGAAGAAAUACAGGUUUAGAAUAAUGUGAGGGGUGACUAAAUGAUGGCAGAUUUUUCAUUUUCGGAUAAACGAGCCCUUUAACAUUCACCAAGCUAUUUAUCUUUAAUUAUUCAAAUGCCUUCAUGCGUAUGGUUUCCCACAAAUACUUGCAACAUUUCAAUCGGAGAAUGCCAUCGAAGUAGAAGUGUCCUGCUGGAGUUUGUUUUUGUUUGAAGUCUAAUCUGCCCUGGCUCUGAUUAAUGAGCCUGAGAGUGGAGUGACAGCCUGCUGUGGAGAGGAGCACUGCGCUACCAGGUUUAUUUGUACCCAGGGCUGAUGGGAAGAGGGGGGUACCGUGUGCUCUACUCAGGGACGGGGUGCUGACUGAAGAACCCUGACCCCAACAGCUUGGCUCUAUCAACCCACACAUACACAACACACACAGCCAGUGGGUGGAGCUGCACCACAACACACAAAUAUGCGGGCGUAUGUUUUUCUGAAGUGUACAGAUAUUCAUGUUAUGACCGGCAUAAUUGUCAUGUAGCCACUAUGAUUAUCAAACGUUGACACUUUGGUACAUUUUUGAAUGUUACAUUUAAAUGUCGACACAAAAGCAGUUCUCAGAAUUGGUCGUCUCGCUCAAAUGCUGAUCAAAUGCGCUUUAGACACAUUCCCCCGCAGGCCAGCUUGAGACAGCAGCUCCGAUCCCCACAUUCACACACGGUGAGGGGUCAGGGUUCAACUUUCAAGGGCCCAGCUAAUGAUGACUUGCACUAAAAGCCAAAACUGGAGAGGGCGAGUCUGAUGAUACUUGGCGCCAUAUUUAUUUCUGAAAAUAGAGCCUGAUUUGGCAUUAAGCCAUGCACUUGAUUUAGUAAGAUAUGCAAAUUGCACCAUUAAAAUAAUGAUGGAUUCAA